UAGUUUUAUUCAUAAUGCAGUAAUGUAGCAUCUUGUAUUAAAGUGUGAUUUGACAUAAUUCAACAAUUUAACAUCUGCUUCCGGACUCUAAAAGGCGGAAUUGUUUGACCCCUAUUCCGGAUUAGUAGGGAAGCAUUUUCUUGUUGCACUUACGUAAAGCGGUAACGUUAUUGUUUUCCCCAAGUUGAGUCACACCUCCUGCGCUAUGAUUGGAUAAUGGUUCAUAAACGCCUGGUGCGAUUGGCACAGUGUUUGUGAGUACGAGCUGUUAGCCAAUCAAAGCGGAGGAGGUGGGCAUUGUCCGAAUAUCGGCUUGGAAUAACAUGAAACACUGGCUCAUCAUCUGACUACCUGAAACUUUUUCUGAUCAUGAAACAGGAAGAAAGAAGCUUAUUUUCGUUAAUGGUUCCGUGCAAACACAACACGGUGUUUAUUUUAAUCUAAACACAGUGGUAUGUUCUGGUUUGUGCGUUAUUCGAAGUUGGUGUGAUUUUUGUCUGCACCAUGGAUCACAGAGACAGUGUUAAUGCUGAUCCUGAUAUGUUGACUGGCUCUGAAGGCCGCUGUCGGAGAUGUAGGAAUCAAAGCGGGUUUUGCAUCCAGCCGGAAUUUCUACAUUUGAGAAAAUGUCCGGGAUUCGUCUUCAGUUUCGACUCGGGACAGCUGUCAUUUGCUGCAAUUGUCAAGCAACUGUUUGACGUCGUACACAACAGCGCUUCACCUUCGCACAUUCGCUAAGAGCAGGCUAAUGGUUGAGAGGUUGCUAGGUCUGUGUAAUAACUUUGCCUACGUGGUGAUGUUAAGUGCCGCUCAUGACAUUUUAAAACAACAGGAGUCUCAGAAUGCAACAAUGCCGACCCCAGGCCCCGUACCCUCAGACGGUGGGAACAGCAGCAACAGUAGCCGCUAUGACUGCAACCCUGUGUCUACUGCAGCUGUUCUUCUGGCUGACAUCUUGCCCACUCUACUGAUCAAACUGACAGCGCCAUUUUUCAUACACAAAGUGCCUUAUGGUUUCCGUAUUCUGGGGUGUGUUGCUACGGCAACGACAAGCUUCUUGGUGGUGUCAUUUUCUUCAACUGUGUGGAUGAGCAUAUUAGGUGUGAUCUUUGCCAGUGUGAGUUCAGGACUGGGCGAGCUCUCCUUCCUCUCUCUCACAGUCUAUUUCAGCAGUGAUGUGCUGAGCGGAUGGGGAUCAGGUACAGGAGGCGCAGGAGUUGCCGGCGCUGUUCUUUAUUCUGCUUUUACACAAGCUGGACUUUCACCCCGAGGCACGCUGCUGAUCAUGCUACUCAUCCCUGCUGUUCUGAUGAUCAGUUACUUCCGCCUUCUAGACUUCCCUCCAUCGUUCCCACAGUGGAGGUCCGGGUCUGGGGAAGACGUUCAGGAACGGCGGCCCUUAAUAGUGGACGAUAACGAUGAAGACAGUGUUCGAGAUGUGAACGGGAAAGAUAACUGUGCUGGAAAUGCUUUCUCCUUCCUGACAGAGGACCAAUCCACCGAACCCCUGACCUUCUUAGACAAACUACACAUCCUGAAACGUCUGCUAAAGUUUACUGUGCCUCUAUGCGUGGUCUACUUUGCUGAAUAUUUCAUUAACCAGGGAUUGCUGGAGUUGCUCUACUUCCCUGCUUCCAGUUUGUCUCACGCAGAACAGUACCGUUGGUAUCAGACUCUGUACCAGAUCGGUGUGUUCAUAUCCCGCACCUCGCUCUACUGCGUUAAGACCAGGAGAAUCUGGGUGCUUUCUAUGUUGCAGUGUGUGAACGCAGUGGUGCUGCUUAUUUCGGUGUAUUACCGCUUCUGGCCAAAUGUUUGGGUUGUGUUUGUAAUAGUUCUGUAUGAAGGUUUGCUGGGAGGAGCUGUCUACGUUAACACUUUCUACUUAAUCAGAGUUGAGACUGUGGAACGUGAGCGGGAAUUUGCGAUGGCUGCAGCGAGUGUUGGAGACAGUAUAGGCAUUGCUCUCUCUGCAGCACCAGCCAUCCCUAUACACGACUACUUCUGCUCUCUGUGAGGGGCAGAGGCUUCGCUCACACAACACGUUGUGUACAUGGCUAAUGGGAAAAAGAACACUCAAUGCAAUUAAGGCUGUGGUUAGUCUGUACAAAUGCUCAAGCUGAUUCAUUCCAAGAUGGAUCACUUUGAGGAACAAACCCCAGUGGGUACGUGAGCUUUUAAGCUCGCAACAGUGUUUCCGUCUUCACACAACUCUCGCAGAUGUCGUCUCCAUGUUAAGUAAGCUGGUGGUAUACUUCAAACAAUGGAAGAUUUAUGUAGUGUAUCUUUUCUAGAAUAUUCUCAGCUAGGCUGAGCAAACCUUAUAGCAUUGCAGUGUUGCCAGGUCACUUUUGCCACAGACAACUCCAUUUUGACAAUAUUUGACAUUUGACCCAGCUACCAACCCCAAAGGAUACAGACUAACGUGCUUCCGCUGAGACACGUGAAGCCAGCCAACUGCAUCUUGUUUUUUUUUUUUGUUUUUUUACAACUGCUGCUCCUGCUGCAUUACAUGCCAGCGUAACACACACUGAGGAAAGCACUAUCCGUCCGCUUCAACGUACAUGACUCACAUGAUAAGCUUAGUGUCAGUGUGAUUAUUUCCUGAUAAUAGGGCGAACGAUUUUCUGUUGCCUCACACCGGAUCCUCUCAGAUAUAUUACAAAAAUUUUCAAUUUUGAACUGCAGCCCGUUGAAAUAUUUUGAACAUAUCUUAAAUAUUGCAGUGCGUUUUGAAAUACUAGCCAAGUCUGUAAAAGGCAACGAGUUUGGAGGAGGCCUAUUUUGAGUAUUCGGCUAUUUUUAUGCUGCUUUUUAAAGCGGACCUGGCAACCACAUCAAAUUGAACAAUAAUCAAGGCACAAAUGCUUCAGACAGUGAUAUCAGUUGGUUAAUUUUGCAAAGCAAAACCUGAUAUUUUGUCAAAUACAAUGUAAAGUAAUGCUUAAGAUUUAAUGACAAACAAUCACAGGUCAAAAUAUUGCACAAUAUUUCCUGGUUUAGAAAAAAACUGGCAUUGAUUUUACAUUUGAGAAAGAGAAAUGUUGCAGCUUUUUCACUCAAAAUACAAAGUUUUUGGUUUAAAGUAUACCACUAGCUUUAAGCAGUCAGAGGUUGGCUGGAGCGAAAGACAUCAUGGAGGCAGGGUACUGACAUACGAACUUUGCUCGUGCAUUAUUUUCCUUUGGCCUAUUUCCUGGCUCAGAAAUGCACUUCUGAUUUUAACUGUGAUUUUAAACAUGACUAUUAUUAACACAGAAUUUUUAGUGUGAAAUAAUGUGUGCUUGUGAGACGAACAUUUCCACAUUAACCUGUUUCUGUCUCUGGUGAUGCCGAGUGUCUGUUAAUCAUCAUAACGACUUCCUGAAUGCUGUUCUAAAUCAUAGCGUUUGUAACUAAUUUCUCCUAUAGCCUGACAUGCCAAACAAACAUGUAUUAAAAAAAUUAAGGUCAUUAGAAGAAUUAUUAAAUGUUCUUGAACGACUUUAAACAGUAUUUUCCCUUGAGUGUUAUUUUAAUUUUUAUUGUGCUGCACCACUUACUUGAGCUUAAAACCAUUAAAACCUUAAUCUCUGAUUAAAACAUUGACCAGGAUUAAUUUUGAUUUUUCAACAUGAUUGAAUAUCCAAUCUAAAAAAAAAGUACACAAGGACAGUGUUCUUUUUGAUUGAAAACUGGCAUAACAUUUAAAUUUUUUUAGUAUUAUUUAUUUAUUUUUCCAAUUGUUGCCAUUUUGGAAAUUUGAAUCUAGGUGUAAAGUAGUGAAGCAUCAGGAUUAAAUUGAACCUAGUUUAUUGUAGGACUAAAACCAGAAUUAAAUGGUUUAAUGCAAUUCUAAUUCAGUUUGGGGCAAGUGGAUUAAUAGAGAUCCAUUCAAUCCAGGUUUACGCUUUGUUGGUGCAAUGUAGUCUAAAGGUACUAGCUCUAGGUUUCUGUAAUGUUCUUAUUUUGAAAAUAAAUUUUAUAUAGAAAAUUCA